GUAUAGUAUGUCUGGGUGUAGUAUGUCUGGGUGUAGCACAUUGGUAAUGAGUUCUAUUUAGCGUGUUAGCAAAAAAUUAUGUUAUCAUGUGUCGCCCUCUCCUGGCCAAUCACACAUACUACAUGGUUUCUCAACCCUCUGGUCUGGUGAGUGACUCCAUCAAAGAUUACAUUAAGGAGGACAUGAGGUCUUGGCCCACACCUAAGGAGUACCAGGCUUGAAAGGCCUGCAGGGGGAGCCAGGACAGCAGGCAACGCCAGCAGAGCAGAUGGUGCCAGGCCAGGAGAUGACGCCAGGCCAGGAGGUGGUGCCAGGGAAGCUGGAGGUGCCUGGGCAGGAGGCUCUGCCCCCAAGGCGAGACGGGACGCUGGAGCAGAGUAGGGCUCCGCCCCCGGAGCAGGACCGGGCACUGGAGCUGAGGGUGGACCACCCCUCCAGGGGUGACAGUAGGGGCAUGGUGGACCACCCCUCCAGGGGUGACAGUAGGGGCAUGGUGGACCACCCCUCCAGGGGUGACAGUAGGGGCAUGGUGGACCACCCCUCCAAAGGUGACAGUAGGGGCACGGUAAUUACAGAGGGCUCUCUAUACAGUAAACUGUAUGUGUGCAAUGGGGCCAGGCUGGACUCUGGGCGGGCGACAGCGGGCCAGGCUGGACUCUGGGCGGGCGACAGCGGGCCAGGCUGGACUCUGGGCGGGCGACAGCGGGCCAGGCUGGACUCUGGGCGGGCGACAGCGGGCCAGGCUGGACUCUGGGCGGGCGACAGCGGGCCAGGCUGGACUCUGGGCGGGCGACAGCGGGCCAGGCUGGACUCUGGGCGGGCGACAGCGGGCCAGGCUGGACUCUGGGAGACUGAGGGCCUCAGAUCAGGGUUUGGGUGUCUACCCGCUACUUCCUUUCUUUGGGUUGAUUAUUCUGUAAUGGCUGCGUAGGCUAGAAAUUAGGCGCAGGAGGCACAGAGACUCUCAAAGAGGUACGUUUUUAUCUAAAUAAUCUUGAAGAAGAAGAAGAAGAAGAAGAACAACAACAACAACCUACAGUGUCUAAGGACAAACAAUUACCGACAGGGGCUUGGAGGAGAAGACCACUAAAUACACAGGUAAACAAGGAAAUGGGACACAUGGUGGGUAGAAACUCAGGUGUGACUGAUGGAACCAAUUAUCUGAGGGAAGACAGGAAGGGGGGACCAAAUAAGGACAUGACAAAACCAAAACUAAAACACGGACUGGAAUGAUCCCUACGAUCGUUACAAUCACUGAUGUCAGAUAUUCUGGAGGAUUCUAAAUGAGGGUUUUGCAGAAAAGCAUGUUGUUCUAUUAUUACAUACAGUACACUGAACUUAAACUCUACAUUUUCGAGUAAAAUCCAAGCUGUGUCCCAAAAUGUUCACUAGAGAUAGAACAAAGAGCCAGUGAUAUACUGCAUCCAAUAGUUUUAGUAUAGAUGCCACUGUAGGCAUUUUAAUAAGAUUCCAGUAUAAUCCUAAACUGACAUGAAAGAAGCCUGGACAAUGUUAUUUAUAUUAUAAAAUGGUAGGCAUGUUCUAUUUCUGUAAAGUACACUGACCUUGAAUUUGAGAUUGCUUACUAAUUCAGAAACAUGUAUUUUAAAUGACAUCAUCAAGCCAAAAAUAUGAAGAUAAUUGUAAGAGGGAACAUGUUCAAUUAGGGCACCAUAGCUCAUUUUAGCAUCCAAGGCAUUGACAGUAUAAUUGAUCAAAG